UACGGUUUUCCAAAAAUGGGCAGGGUGGCUUUUCAUAUGGGCUUUAAAGCUAGUAGUAUAGAUCCCAUUGAAUUCGGAAGGGGCAAGCGCCGUUCUCACAUCAUGCGCACAAUAGCAUCUCAGCUCACUUAUUUGUGCAGAAGAAAACCUGGAAAUGUUCGAUCUCGCAAUUUCUCAUCUUACAAUGGAAAAGAUGAGCGCUCGCUUGAGGAGGAUGCGGAAAGAAAAGUUGGAUGGCUAUUGAAGCUGAUCUUUGCAGGGACUGCAACAGCUGUUGCUUACCAGUUUUUUCCAUAUUUGGGGGAUAAUUUAUUGCAACAGUCUGUAUCCCUGUUGCACGUCAAGGAUCCAUUAUUUAAAAGAAUGGGAGCAUCUAGAUUAGCCCGUUUUGCAAUAGAUGAUGAAAGGCGAAUGAAAAUAGUGGAGAUGGGUGGGGCUCAAGAGCUUAUCAAUAUGUUGGGAGCUGCUAAAGAUGACCGCACCCGGAAAGAAGCUUUAAAAGCCCUUGCUGCACUCUCACACUCAGAGGAAGCUGUUGGAGCCCUACACCAUGCAGGAGCGAUAUCAGUUGUGAAGUCUACCCCAGAUUCCACUGAGUGUGCAGAAAUAGAAAAAUACAAGGUGAACUUGCUGAAAAGAUUUCAAGAUUUGAGAUACGACAUUCCAUCUUGAGAAGUAAUUAAUUAACUCCUUUCAGUCAUGGGCUUGAAACACAGCAAAGUUCAAAAGACCAUAUCCAGUUCUGGCAAGCAUCUUUGUCACCCAAGGACAGUUUUCAUAUUCAUGUUUGUGCAAUAGGCUAUUGUUCUCAUAUUCCAGCUCCCGUUUCUGUUUUUUAUUUUGUUUUAUUUUUCCCCAAAUGCCAUUGCUGUAGUGUUGAUACCAGUUUUUUGUCGAAACUCCUGGAAUAGGCAAUGUAAGAAUUUAUAACCCAAUAAAUUUUACAAAGUAGCGGGACAUCCCUUUUGAGAGGGAUGGGACUUCUUUUGA